AUGCCUUUAACGAACACUAGCACUACCGAAGAAAAUAGCGAUAAACAAAUUGCUUAUGUGGGAAUUAAACCACCACCUUUUUGGAAAUCCAAUCCCCAGUUAUGGUUUCUGAGAUUGGAAGCACAGUUUACGUUAGCAAACAUUACUAACGAAAUUACCAAGUUCAACCAUGUGGUCGCCGCGGUUGAUGCAGACAUUCUCACAUCUGUCAGUGACAUCAUCGUAAACCCACCGAAGGAAAAACCGUAUGAAACGCUAAAACAGCGACUAAUCAACUCUCAUUCAGAGAGCGAGGAAUCCAAAAUUCACACUUUGUGGCAAGGUGUGGAACUCGGCGAUUCGCGCCCAUCUCACUUGCUCGCUCGCAUGCGAAAUCUCGCUGGCGAUAGCGUUGGCGAAGCUUUACUCAAAUCUCUUUGGCUUACAAGACUUCCUUCUACCACGCGCAGCAUAGUAGGAGCUUUGAGUGAAGAACUGUCAAAGUUGGCUGCUGUGGCAGACAAGAUACACGACCUGGCUGUCACUCCUGAAAUUAAUGCUACAUAUAGUGUGCCGCAACCCCAAAAUUCACCGUUAGAAGCCAAAAUUGCUGACCUUAUCCGACAGGUAAGUGAGUUAGCUGCAGUUGUUCACGAGCGCGGCCGAUCAAGGGAUAGGAGAUAUAACUAUAACUGGCGAAAUAAUAGCCGUUCCAGAUCCAGAAAUUUCCGAAAUCGAAACGAUGGAUCAAAUGAGCAUAAAUAUUGUUGGUAUCACUACAAAUGUGGCGAAAAAUCUACAAAGUGCGUUCAACCAUGUCAAUUUCGAAACCAAAACAUUUCUUCGCCAUCGGAAAACUAA